AUGGCCCGGGUCCUCACUCAAUCUGACAUCUCGAAGCCGUCAGACCUUCGGCCGACUUCGGCCGACUUCGGCUGCCUGAGGAACGAUUUCCAGCGAAACGAGCCCACUCGCUUAAAUCCUGCCAUUCGGCGAACUGGUCCGCGAGGAUCUGCUGGAGUCGACCUCCUCCAGACGCUCGUCCUGGCCUGGACGGACCACAAGAUCUCCCUGACGAUCAUGAGCGACAUCCUGGGGUACCUGGACCGGGUCUACGUGCCGCAGAGCGGGGUGGAGGACGUUAUUAAAUACGGGGAGAUCAAGGAGCAGCUGAAGGAAGCCCUGUCGGACAUGGUGACGAGGGAGCGAAGGGGCGAGGCGGUCGACCGGUCGAUGAUCCGCGAUAUCACGACCAUGCUCGCCAUGCUCGGUGGCGACAUCUACAGAAAAGUCUUCGAGGAGCCGUUCCUUCAGCAGGCGGUGGAGUUCUACCGAGUGAAGAGUCGGAAUUUCCUGGUCGUCCGUCCGCGAGGAGGAGAGUCGGACGAACGAAUAGAAGGAGGGAGCCUCGCACUACGCGAAAUACGCGGUCAUCCAGGAGGUGGAGGACGAAUCCAUGAGGAGAGCCAGAUGCCUCCCCUCGAGAGCACCGCCUCCGACAUCCAGCCGUACAUUCGGCACGUGCGAGCCUGGACGGAGAGGGAGGCACGGAGAGCGUCUCGCUACGGCGUGGGGAAGCGCGCCCUCCGCCGCGCCAUGACGGACGCCCUCAUUCGGAGCAACAUGGACGCCAUCGUCGCACCAUCCUCAUUCCCCGCCCUGCAGCAGGAGAGCCCCGAAAUCGCCCGCAUGCUGCGUGACGGGAGCGCGGACGAGCUCCGCUCGAAGUACGACCUCCACUCGAGCGUGCCGGAAGGGAGCAACAUCACGGCGAAGUGCGUCUCCGCGUACCUUCGUGAGCGGGGGAGGGCCCUCGCAGCGGAGGCGGAGGGGCCCGUCUCGCAUCUCCAGAGCCUCCUGGACCUGAAGAAGCAGCUGGACGACCUCCUCCGCUCCUCCUUCGGCAGAGACCGCCUCGUGGAGGAGGCGAUCACCCGCGAAUUCCAGCAACACCUCGCCCUCGACCCGCGCUCCGCCGAACGGCUCUCCCUCUUCAUCGAUCACGCGAUGAAGAGAGGAGAGGAAGGGAUGACGGAACCGGAGAACGAGGCCGCGCACGACGAAGCCACGGCCCUGUUCCGGCUCCUGCCGGAGAAGGAAGCGUUCCAGCGGUGCUAUGAGCGGCACCUCGCCAAGCGGCUGCUCCUCGAGUCGGUCUCGGACGGGAUCGAGGGAAGCAUGAUCUCGAGGCUCAAGGCCGAAUGCGGGAGUCAGUACACCGCGAAGCUUGAGGUGAUGCUGAAGGACAUCGCGGUCUCGAACGCGAUCACGACUGAGAUGAAGCACCGCUUCGCCUCGACCGGGGAGAAUCAGCCGGGGUUGGACCUGACUGUGCGGGUGCUGACGGCGGGGAUCUGGCCCGCGAGGCCUGUCGCCCCCGAGUGCGCCGUCCCCGUCGAGGCCCUCGCCGCCUUCGAGGCCUUCCGCAGAUUCUACCUGUCCCUGCAUUCUGGACGAAAGCUCACCCUGAGGUUUGCCGAUCCUAGCUGGGGCUGCACCCAGCUAGGAUCGGCAAACCUCAAGGCCACGUUUUACGAGCCGAGACGUGAGGACGGUGAGGCCGGGGACAGAGGAUCCAGCUUUGCCCGUCUCGACAGUCGACGCCCGUCUCCCGGUUCCGCUUUGUCGUCCGCUAGGCCCGACGGUGGAUCUGUCGCGGCGUGGGGGGGCCAGAUGGGGAGGGCCCAGCAUCACGUGAUCCAGGUGUCGACGUUCCAGAUGUGCAUCUUGAUGCUCUUCAAUGAUCGAUCUCGAAUCUCUUAUUCGCACAACCCCCUCACGACGGAGGUUCCUGAGCAACUGAAAGGUCGCCUUCUUCCGAGUCCCGUCGUGCUGGAGAAGAGGAUCAAGGGACUCAUCGAACGGGAAUAUCUGGAUCGAAGGAAUGAUGACAGGGAAUUGUACACGUACGUGGCCUGAAUACGGGGAUCCCGCUGGGACAGCUCCCCUUUUCUCCAAAUCCGGUGCUUCAGCUGUGAUUCGUUCCUCUCUCGGCAAUAUCUUGGAAUGCUUAAAACGAACCGAAACCCCUACAAAAAGUGAUAUAUCAAUGCCUCAUCUAUAUAUGUGACUAUAGUGUGAGAUUGAGCUAUUGGUCUGGGC